AUGGCUAGCCCGCACAACAUUCCCACCAUCAAGCUCAAUGACGGCUCCGUCAUGCCCGUUAUCGGGUAUGGCACCGGCACGGCUUGGUACAAGACUGCGGACAGUGGGCCCAACCGCGAGUUGGUCGAGGCAGCAAAGAGCGCGGUAAAGUUGGGUUUUCGCCAUUUGGAUGGAGCAGAGGUCUACGGAACCGAGGAAGAACUAGGCCAUGCUAUUAGGGAAUGUGGACUGCCUCGCGAGACGUUGUUCGUGACCACCAAGGUGAUCACCAAUAUUGCCGAUAUCCCUUCAGCCAUUGACUGCAGCCUCAAGAAACUCGGUCUUGAUUAUGUAUCUGAUUCAUGCCCCAUUUUUGCCAAGACAGAGAGUGACCUUCAAGCCGCCUGGGCUGAGAUGGAGCAGGUCAAGGCUUCUGGAAAAGCUCGAUCUAUCGGCGUGUCCAACUUUGUGCAAAGCCACCUGGAGACGAUCCUCAAGACUGCCAAGGUCGUGCCGUCGGUGAACCAGAUCGAGUACCACCCGUACCUCCAGCAUGGGAAGCUAUUGGAAUUCCACGAGCGUGAGGGUAUCAAGACAGUGACCUACUCCGGACUGUCACCGGUGAAUCGCGCGCGAGGCGGACCGCUGGAUCCGCUUCUAGCGGACCUGGCUAAGAAGUACGCGGUCGACGAAUCGGAGAUCUUGAUACGCUGGACUCUUGACCGAGGGUGCUUUCCCAUCACGACGAGCAGCAAGGAGCUUCGCCUUGCCAGCUACCUGCGCUCUUUGACGUUCAAAUUGACCCCUCGAGAGGUGGAGGAGAUCUCAACUCUCGGGGAGCAGAAGCAUUUCCGCGCGUACUGGGGAGAUGUUUAUGCUGCCGAUGACCGGACCUGA